UCGAUGUUUGUUUGAACUUGGCCGCACCGCUUCGACUGGAAAUGCAGUAGACAUUCGAGAAGCUUCAAAUCGAGUGGGCGGUGAAGGAAUAAAGCUCGGAUGCUGAGAAAGCUGUCUCACGCCGCUUUCAUGUCCCGUGCCUCCGCCAUGUUUUCUUCUUCUUCCUCGUCUGCAUCGUCGUUGUCGUCCCUUGGAUAUCCUUCCAAGUCUACGCGAUUUCCCAAUUCCGGAAUCUUCCCCAAUGGCGCCUCGAGGAGUCGCAUCGCUUUUCCUCUUCAGUUCCGUCACGCCAUCUCUGUUCGAUGUUUCGCUUCUUCUGGUGCUUCUGAUAGAAUCCAGGUUAAGAAUCCUAUCGUAGAAAUGGAUGGCGAUGAGAUGACAAGGGUUAUAUGGAGUAUGAUAAAGGAGAAACUUAUUUUACCUUAUCUAGAUUUAGAUAUUAAGUACUUCGACUUGGGGAUACUUAAUCGUGAUGCGACUGAUGACAAGGUCACAGUUGAAAGUGCUGAAGCAGCCCUUAAGUACAACGUUGCCAUCAAAUGUGCCACUAUUACUCCUGAUGAGACCAGAGUGAAGGAGUUUGGAUUAAAGUCCAUGUGGAGGAGUCCUAAUGGCACAAUUAGAAAUAUCUUAAAUGGAACUGUUUUCCGCGAACCAAUCUUAUGCCGGAAUAUACCCAGGAUUGUCCCUGGUUGGAAAAAACCUAUAUGCAUUGGCAGGCAUGCCUUUGGUGACCAAUAUCGCGCCACUGAUACAAUAAUUAAAGAGCCAGGAAGGCUAAAAAUGGUUUUUGUCCCAGAAGGUGGGAAUGCACCCGUGGAAUUAGAUGUAUACGACUUUAAAGGCCCAGGUGUUGCCCUUGCGAUGUACAAUGUUGAUGAGUCAAUACGAGCUUUUGCCGAGUCAUCAAUGGCUAUGGCCUUCUCUAAGAAGUGGCCAUUAUACUUGAGUACCAAGAACACAAUUCUUAAGAAAUACGAUGGCAGGUUCAAGGACAUAUUCCAAGAAGUUUAUGAAUCGAAUUGGAAGCAAAAGUUUGAAGAGCACUCUAUAUGGUACGAGCACCGGUUGAUUGAUGACAUGGUGGCUUAUGCACUGAAAAGUGAAGGCGGAUAUGUCUGGGCAUGCAAAAAUUACGAUGGUGAUGUUCAAAGUGAUCUGCUUGCCCAAGGGUUUGGCUCAUUGGGCCUAAUGACUUCGGUCUUGUUGUCCUCUGAUGGGAGGACACUCGAAUCAGAGGCAGCUCAUGGAACCGUGACUCGGCAUUUCCGACUGCAUCAGAAGGGUCAAGAGACCAGUACUAACAGCAUAGCCUCUAUAUUUGCCUGGACACGUGGCCUCGCACACAGGGCGAAGCUUGAUAAGAACGAAAAAUUGCAUGAUUUCGUCCGGAAGCUUGAGACCUCAUGCAUAGACACUGUCGAGGCUGGUAAAAUGACCAAGGAUCUCGCCAUUUUGGUCCACGGUCCAAAGGUGACCAGAGAUUUGUACUUUAACACAGAAGAGUUCAUCGACGCUGUUGCCUCGAAUCUCCAAGGGAAACUCAAAGAGCUUGCCGCUGUCUGAGCACGUUUCAUUAUUCCCAGAAAAAGUUGGAUUAGUUUUUAGAAAGAAAUACAGCAUUUCUCAUUUUGCUUUUUGCUCAUCUGAAAAUAAUUUUUUGUAAUAAGUGGCAUGCGAAUGUUGUGCAAUCAGACUUGGAUUUGCAUGUUUGCACGUUUUUUUUCUGUGUUA